GAGUGUCUUUAUUUGUGGUUGGUUGGGGGAGGGGUUUCACAAACCGACCAGACAGGAAGAGACCUGCGUGUGAACGUUUCGGCUUGAAGACGCGAGAGACCCCCGCUGUGCUCGGGUUUGAACGUUACUCCUCUGACAGCAAUCGCAAUGAGAGAAAUAUCAAACUAAAUACAUCGUCAAUAUAAACCCCGACGGAAACAUUUUUAACCAAACAAGAGCGACCCCCACCCCUCAAGAAACCAGGGUCAAAGUUCACAGGAAGCUGGGGGGCUGCCAUUUUUUCCCCUGCUACUGCUAACGUUUAACGGUAGAUGCUAACGCGACGGGGAGGGGCGGUUGGUUUUGGAUUCUGUAGCUAGCUGGCAUCAACUGAUCGAACUCGUUUCACGAAAACUGUCAUUUCGCCGACCGUUGUCCCUAACAACCAUCGGCAUUGGAUGCAUUCGGCAUGGAGAAGGUAGCGGAGCCGUCUUGGACUUCUUCGUACACCUAUCAGGUGAGCAAGCACAGUGCGGAGAUGCUACACAACCUCAACAUUCAGAGGAAAGAUGGAGGCAGGUUCUGCGAUGUGAUCCUACGCGUCGGCGAGGAGAGCUUCCCCGCGCACAAAGCUGUGUUGGCUGCGUGCAGCGAGUAUUUUGAGUCGGUCUUCAGCCGCCAGGCGGAAGCAGACGGGGACACCAAGGAGCUGGAGAUGCACACCAUCAGCCCCAAAGUUUUUAAAGACGUGUUGGACUUCGCCUACACCUCCAGGAUUGUGGUGCGACUGGAGUGCUUCCCAGAGUUGAUGACAGCUGCCAAGUUUCUGCUGAUGCGGUCCGUCAUAGAGAUUUGUCAGGAGGUAAUCAAACAAUCAAACGUGCAGAUCCUCGUCCCGACCUUACGGGGAGGAGACGCCAGCCUCUUCCAGGCCACGGGGACCCCGGAGCUGGGCUUCAUGAUGGCGCAGCAGGAUCUGGUUAACGGAACGGGAAUGCUGGUGAACGGCCACAGCUUCGCCAACAAUGCUCAGAUGCAUGUGGACGGGAGUGGAAAAACCACCGUCGUGUUGUUGGGGGACGGCGGGGAGUCGUCGACGCCGAUAUUGGAGCCCGUCGAAGGACUGUCCGCUUCCCCAACGACGGAAAUGCUGGGCAACACGUUUCAGCACGACGCCGAAUCCCCGGGGUCGAAACGGAGCCGUGGGAGACCAAAGAAAGCUGGUGGGGUCGUGGAGCCUGUGCACUUCAAUAACAACACCCAGAGAGACACUGUGUUGUUUCCUUGCGGGACUUGCGGGAAAGCUUUUACGGAGGCUUCCCGGUUGAAGAACCACGAAGCGCAACACGGGGCCCACAUCAACGAUGUAAACAAUGUCGGUGACAGCCUAUCAACAACGGGCAUGUCUUCAAUGUCUCAGUCUGGUCUGAUGGAUAACGGCGUGCAGUUACACGGAGGGCUGACCCUGGAUAACGGCCGCAAGCGGGAGAGGACAAGGCGGCACGUCGGCUGUGACAUUUGCGGUAAAGUGUUCCGCGACGUGUACCACCUGAACCGACACAAGCUCUCGCAUUCUGGGGAGAAGCCGUACGCAUGUCAUGUGUGCGGGCUCCGGUUCAAACGCAAGGACAGGAUGUCGUACCAUGUGCGGUCCCAUGACGGGUCGGUCGGCAAGCCGUACGUGUGUCAAAGCUGUGGUAAAGGUUUUUCAAGACCAGACCACCUGAAUGGACAUAUCAAACAGGUUCAUACAACAGAGAGACCCCACAAGUGCCAGAUUUGUAAUGCCUCUUUUGCGACAAGAGAUCGCCUCCGUUCACACCUUGCAUGCCAUGAAGACAAGAUUCCCUGCAAAGUUUGUGGCAAGUUUCUGCGAGCUGCCUACAUGACUGACCACCUCAAGAAACACAGUGAAGGGACGCAUAACUACUGUGGCAUUUGCAACAAAGGUUUCUCCACUGCGUCCUACCUUAAGGUGCAUAUAAAGACCCACCACGGCUCUCCAAUGCCCCCCUCUGCCACAAUGCACACCUUUCCUGAGCCAAGGGGGGAGCUGCAGAUGCACAACGGCACCCCCUACCACAUGGGACGCCAGUGCUCAGUGGAAGACCUGUGCGCCAGUCGCCAGCUGCUUCUCGCCUCGUCUGAGGCUCAGGGGCUUUCAACACGCUUUCAUGGGCUCUCUGGACACCCGGCUCGUCCCCAGCCUGAGCUGCUCAUGGGGAAGGCAGGUGGGGCUCCAUAUUUCUGGGAUUGUCGCUCUGGCGGGGCGCCUGGCUUCCCUGUCCAUGGGCCUGCUGCAGACGGGCAGGAAAACACUGGGAAAUGUCCUCACCUGGAAUCGGAGGAAUCGGAUCCUUCCUUUGGGGAAUUGUCCAACAGCGACGAGCUUAAAUCUCCACAUAAACCCGACGGGCCGGAGCUCGCGAUGCCCUCUCUGGCCUGCAACGGGGCCUCUGCCGAGGCCUUGGGCUCCCCAGAGGGAUCGAAAGCCAAGACGGAUCCUGAGAAGAAGUUUAACUGUGGCAUCUGCGGUCAGGCCUUCCGCACCAAGUCCUACCUCAACAAGCACCAGCACCGAGUCCACAAAGCCCAGAAGGCCCAGAAGGCCCAGGGGGGUUCAGGGCCGGGCUUAAACGAGCUCUCCCCCUCCCUCACCUCUCCCUUCUCCCCUCAACAGAACAUGUCCCUUCUCGAGUCUUUUGGCUUUCAGAUAGUCCAGUCUGCUUUUGCCUCCUCCCUGGUGGACCCUGAGGCCGGUCAAAGUGGAAUAGACUUCGGAGGGAAGUGACAUAUUUUCUAAAGUCCGAGCAAACGCUCUAAUUCUUAGGCCGAAGCUGGGUCGCCCACAGACGACGCUCUGUAUUUGGGAAUCGCUUUGCCUCAACGCUACUUUUUUCUGUUUGUUACGUGACUUAUUGUGUAUCCAAUAUUUUUGUCACAGACUGCCAUACGAUUCCUACUCUUUCUACUUUUCCAGAGCUUAAAAAUUGAGUGCACAGUGUUUCAAUUUUUUUUCUAAAGAAAUGACAUGAAGGUUUUAUUUCCUUUAUCUGAUGUGGAUCUGUUAUGUUUGGUAUUCUUUCAUUGUUUUUUGGCUUGUGUGUGUUUGAGCUUUCUUAGCUGCACAAACAUUUCUUCACUUGAGAUGAAUUAUUUACGGCAGCCUUCAAAAGUAAUUACUUAUUCUCUGUUUGCCCACUUUAACUGUCCUGAUGUAACUGGUGAAUCAACCCUCGGCCGUUUCAAUGCAUUUAAUGCUUCAUAAUCCUCCUUCCCCUAUAAAGCCAAUGUCUUUAACUCAGCAACAAGAGGGCUGGAUUCUGUAUUCAUGUUUUUACGAUGGCUUUUGUUUUGGCCUUAAUUUUGACAGGUUUCCUGAGAAACAUUCCUAACAGGCCCAUGGCAUAUUUCAUUACACAUUUAUUGAAAACUGUUUCUAUCAGUUUGCUGGCCUCCGAGUGUCAAGGACCUUCAUGAGUAACUAUUGUCAGAAUGACAGUUAAGAAGCACUUUUAAAACAUGUUUUGAUACAACUUUAAAUAUGAAUGGUUACAAAACUUAAGGCAACAUAAAACCUGGCAAGAAAAUAAUGUCAGGUGAUUUACGCCAACUUCAUUAGAUUUAAAUGAUAAAAAGUUGCAAAUAAAAAGCCACCACUCUUCCUGUCACUAAUCAGAAAUGCCAACAACAUGGAAAAAGGAACUGUGUUUAAAGCUCCGUCAGCACCACAAUGUUCUUAUUUUUAGUUUGUUUUUCAGAUCCAGGGAAUUUCUUUGUAUUUGAACAAAGAUUUUCCUCAGCGGUUGUGAAUCUUAAUCAGGGAGUUGGUACACUGACGUAACCGCCGGAGGGAUUCAAGUUCUAAUUAAAGACAAUCUACUUGCAGCUCAUUAGUGAUGAGAAAACGUCUGAAUAAUGCUUUCAUUUGGUUAUUUGUAAACUAUUUAUAUUUAAAAAAGCAGUAAAGAGAGGAAAGCCAUUAUAACUCAAAUUAAUAGUGUGUGCAGGAAUACUUUAGAAAAUGAACUUUUUCAGGAUAAUAUUCUUUUAGCCUUGAAACAUGCCUUGAGCUCGUUAGGAAUGAGCCCCCCCCCUCUCACACACAAUGACAAUGUUUCCGAACCUUGUUUGGUUUAAAAUCCACUGAACAUUUAACAGGGACCAAGGUAUGGUAUAUUUUCAGUAUAUAUUUUAAGAAAUGUAGAUUAUAUUUUAUUAACUUAUUCAUGCCCUGAGUUUUGUGUACUUUAAAAAAAGAAGUCAAACAAAAAAAUUAGUGAUUUUUUUUCUUCUUUUUGAUAAUUUUUCGCUCAAUUAUGUUAAAUGGAAAUGUGUGGUUAUGUACGUGUUGUGCAAAAAGUUCGGGGGCUUUGAAGAAGGGGUCACACCCUGACCCACCAGCCUCUGGACCUACCAAAAGUAAUGCUACUUUAACAGACUCGAGUAAUUAAGAUCACUUUAUUUCUGCAGUGUUGUAUCCUCUUCAUCACCUGCACUUCUUGUAUUGCUCACCAACCUCCUGUCGGAUGUGCUCGUGCUGAUCGGAGACGACAUGUCUUGUGUUUGCACUAAUGGUCGCGAGGUCGAGGCGUAAACUAUCCAUCCGACGAGUGUCUUGCAGUGAAAAUGUGUUCGUACAAAAUGUUGAACGCAGACAUUCCUGUGAUGACGGCUCCUCAAAUCAAGACGCAGCGGGAGCUUCUCAUCCACUUGUCUGCUUUGCUUCAUUGGAAAUCUCCACUUUCAUGCUGCUGAGUUAGUUUUGCAUCUUGAAAUAGUAAACAGGAUGUCACCGAUUUUAGGAUAAAAAUGUGUGAAGAUCAAUUCUCUGUUAGUUGGGAUUAAUUUGCUUUUGGUUAAAACAAUUAAAAAGUUAAGAAGACCAUUUUCAGUCAUGACGUACUUCCCUUUAUUCUUUCUAGAUGCUGAAACACAAAAUAAGCAAUAACUGUAAGAAAAUUGGCUUUGUGAGAAGAUAAAUCCAAAUGUAAUCUUCUUGUAUCAUAUGACCUCACACAUCAGUUGAUUAACAUCCUUUUCAUAGGUUGGUGUUUUUUCUUCUUGUGUUGUAAAACCUGUUUCAUGAUGCAAAUCAAUCCCAGUCCACCAGUGAAUGGACUAGCAGUGUGUGUGUGUGUGUCUUUGUGUGUGUGUGGUGAUGGUCUGUAAAAAGAGUAUGUGUGUACCGCCUGUGUGUCAGUUUCUGUGUUUUUGACCUGUGUUUCCUGCUUUCUGUUUAAUUAUUAUUUGUGUGUAAUUGAGGCUGUUAAAUUCAGUACAUUCCUGUAUUAUUUAUGGUUAUGUUGUGAUUGUAACAAGUGUAUAUACAAUUCAUAUACACAUUCUAUAAAUAUAUAUAUAAAUAUAUAUGAACCAACCAAUAUGAUCGGUGUUUGCCAAGGGUGGUCCUGUACAUAUAUAGCUCUUGUUUCUUGUCCAUCGUGGGGAGGGAUGUGAAGUUCUGGCCGUUUGAUUGAAAGUGUAAACUGGAGGUUGUGACUUGGAGCUGGAGGCUGAAUGUCGAUCACUGGUUGGGGCAGUCGUGGUUUCACUGUUCACCGGACUGCAAGUUGCAGUUGCAAAACUCACGUCUUGACCAAAUGUUCUUUCUCCUUUUUGGAUCCACUCUGCACUAGUAAUUACUCCUUCAAAGUGAUAAGGGUUGUUUUUUUGUUAUUGUUCAUUUGAAAACAAGUGGAAGAUGCUGUAAGGAAAUAAUGUUCCUUUGUUUGUGUUCUUCACCGAGGUGUAAGAUUUAGUUUCACUCAUGUUGGUACUCGAGUGUAAAAGGUGUUUUCAAUGAGUAUUUAGGCCUAAAUGUGUUUGCUUUCUGCUUUUGGUCCGUUGCAAAGUGCCUUCCAAAUACUGAUUGUGCACGGCAGUGGAUUAAAAAAGGUCCUCUUUUCUAAAGGUUGAGAAUUGUACAGAGUGACUUGCAUUGACACUUUUGUAUAAAAACACAGAAAAUGUACAAUAUGUUAACUUGGUAUUUUAUCAUCGUACUCAACAAGAUUGCGCUUAAGAAAUAUGAGCUACAUGUUUUGUUAUAAUUGCUAUAACUUUGGACAUAUUUCAAUAUAAGCAUACUUUUCUAUAGAUAUUUGUUUUUGUACUCUGUCAUUGAGUCUCGCCAUUCUUGUUGGUACAGAGAUGAGAAUCAAAUAAAUUGCAAUUGAAAAAGCU